AUGGCAUCAGUGGAGACUCCGGCUCUGGAUUCGACCCUCGCCCAGACCCCAGCCCAGGCCCUGGCCCCGGCCCCGGCUGUGGAGUUGGGUUUCGCGGUCGAAGCGCCGGGUUGGCGCCUGCGAAGCGAGCAGUUUCCCAGCAAGGUUGGAGGACGGCCUGCGUGGCUCUCCGAGUGUGACCUGCCUGGCCCAGCGGAGCUCGCCUGCCCGUUAUGCCACCGCCCGCUCGCCUUUCUGCUGCAGUUGUACGCGCCUCUCCCGGGGCGCGACGACGCUUUCCACCGCGACCUUUUCGUCUUCUGUUGUCGGGAGCCUCCGUGCUGCGCCGCGCUCCGAGUUUUUAGGAAUCAGCUACCCAGGAAAAAUGACCAUUACUCUUAUGAGCCACCAUCUGAUGAGCCACCAGAUGAAAUAAACGAUUCUCCAAGUGUACAGCUUCAGUCUGGUGUUCAUCUCUGUAGGGUUUGUGGCUGUUUGGGUCCCAAAGUUUGUUCCAAGUGUCAUAAGGCUCAUUAUUGUAGUAAGGAUCAUCAGACUCUGGAUUGGAAAUUGGGACAUAAGCAAUCUUGUACAUCAGAUAAUUUAUGGUCUGAAAUCCCAGACCACAAGUUCCUUUUUCCGGAAUAUGAAAUUGUAAUAGAAACAGAAGAGAUGGAGCCGGACAAUAUUCCUGAUUGCACUCCUGAAGGCCUGGGAAAGUGUGACAAUUCAGAACUCAUAGGCAGCAUGGAUGAAGCACUUGAAGCAGAAUUAGAUUCAAUGGCAAAGCAUGAAUCUAAGGAAGAUGAAAUCUUCCAGAAAUUUAAAACUCAAAUAGCCCUUGAGCCAGAGCAGAUUCUUAGAUAUGGCAGAGGUAUUGACCCCAUCUGGAUUUCUGGUGAAAAUAUUCCUCAAGAACAAGAUAUUCCAAAUUGCCCAUGUGGUGCCAGGAGGAUAUUUGAAUUCCAGGUUAUGCCACAGCUUCUAAAUUACCUGAAGGCUGACAGACUGGGCAGAAGCAUUGACUGGGGGACUCUGGCUGUAUUUACCUGUGUGGAAAGUUGCAGCUUGGGCUCCAAGUACACAGAAGAGUUUAUCUGGAAGCAGGACUUCACAGAUACAACUUAAAAUCAUGAAAGACAAAUCUCUAGUUUGGUUUUGUGAUACUUUUCACAUUUUGAAUACCUCAACAAUUUUCAGGCCUUGUAUAUAUAAUGAUGAUGUGCUAAUGAUUGUAAUAAUCUCGAUAAAACUCAUCACAACAGCACCACUGUCUGAUGACAAACUGACUGUGAUGGGCACUUAGUUUAAUGCACAUGCUGAUGUGCCUGCCAAAACAUGGGAGGAAGGAUUUUAUUAUGGUGACUAGCAAAGAACUUAUGCUGAGCUCCUAAUCAUGUAAUCGUCUCAAUUCAUCAAAGAUUAAUUUGGCAGGUUUUUAUUUUCAUAAUUAACAGAAUCUUUUACCCAAGCCAGUUUAGUACUGUUUUUUAUAUAUUCAGUAUGCUGAAAUGAUAUGGUAAUCCAGAGCCAUAUUUUUAUCUUUGUAAUGAGUAGAACUCCUCAGUUGUUAGUGACAGCCAGUUUCUGUUGGGGAGUGACAGGAACAAAUGAGCUCCCAUUGGAGUCUGAGACUGCUAAUCACGUCAUUCCUUAGGUUUAAGGCUGCAUGUUUUGUUUUAUUGUUCCCUCUUUGCUGUCAUCUUUUUUCCUGUCUUGUCUCUUUUUUCUUUUUACUGUGCCCUUGUUUCUCCUUCUGUUCUGUGUACCUCUCAGACAAACAUCUCCCUAAACAGUUCUUGCAUUAACGGUCAUGAAGUUCAGAGCCAAGUUCAGUGCUCAGCUGGAGUACCAAACCUAUCACAUCUGCUCCUUUUAAUUAUUUUUUAAAACUUAGAAAUUUCCUGUCCAUUUGUGUUUAACUGUCUAUAUUGUCUCAAACUGUCUCUGAAAGUAACAGAAUUAUAAAUCUUGAAUUUAAAAACAUCCAAA